CAGCGCAGCCCGUGGGAGGAGCUCUCCAGCCCCACGCGGUUCAUAAUCGUCUCCGUGCCCUGAAAUGUGACUCCUUCCCCGAGCCGGCUGGGACGGGCUGGCUCCGUCACGGCUGGGGCUGGGCUGGCUCCGGCGGCUCGCUGCUCGCAGGGAGCCCGCGGCGGGCGGAGGGGCCCCGGGCGCGGCCUCGCCCGGACACUAUGAUCUGCGGCUGGAGGAAGAAAACCCGCCCCGAGCAGCCGCCGCAGGACGGCGGCGGCACCAGGCGCCCGGACAGAGCCUUAAAGAAUAUGGGCCUGACAGAUGAUGAAGACAUCAAGGUGAUGCUGAAGGGCUCCUUUCUCUGGAAGAUCAAGUCACGCAGACGGAAGAAGGAGCGGUUCUACCGCUUGCAGGAGGACGGCUUGACCAUCUUGUCUGAGAGCUGCUUUAAACGGGCUCGCUCCAAGCAGAUCUUCCCCAUCAUGCACAUGGACGGCGUGCGGGAGGGCCACCAGUCCGAGGGGCUCCGCAAGCACGGCAGUUUCUUCCCGGAGACGCAGUGCCUCACUAUCGUGUUCAAGGGCCGGCGGAAGAACCUGGACCUGGCUGCCCAGAGUGAGGAGGAGGCAAAGAGGUGGGCCCAGGGGCUGAAGAAGCUGAUGGCCAAGGUGGAAGCCAUGAGCCAGCAAGAGAAGCUUGAUCACUGGAUCCAUGACAUCCUGCACCAAGCCGACAAGAACAAGGACAACAAGAUGUCCUUCAAGGAGAUCAAGGACAUGCUGAAGAUGAUCAAUAUCGACAUGAAUGACAUCUACGCCUACCAGCUCUUCCAGGAGUGUGAUAAGUCCAGCAAUGACCGGCUGGAAGAGCACGAGAUUGAGGAGUUCUGCACCCUGCUGAUGAAGCGGCCCGAGCUGGAGGAGCUGUUCCACCACUACUCGGGGCAGGACUGCGUGCUGUCGGCCAAGGAGCUGGGGGCAUUCCUGCAGGACCAGGGCGAGGAUGCUGACCUGGCGCAUGCCCACACCAUCAUCCAGACCUAUGAGCUCAGCGAGAAAGCCAAACAGCACAACCGCAUGAUGCUGGACGGGUUCAUGAUGUACCUGUUGUCUGCGGCUGGUGACAUCCUGAACCAGGAGCACACCAACGUCUACCAGGACAUGAGCCAGCCCCUCUGCCAUUACUUCAUCUCCACCUCCCACAACACCUACCUGACUGACAAUCAGAUCGGGGGGGCCAGCAGCACGGAAGCCUACAUCAGGGCGUUCAUGGAGGGCUGCCGCUGUGUGGAGCUGGACUGCUGGGAGGGCUCCAACGGGGAGCCCGUCAUCUACCACGGCCACACCCUGACCUCUAAGAUCCUCUUCAGGGAUGUCAUCGAGAUCAUCCGGGACUAUGCCUUCAAGCACUCCUCCUACCCUGUGAUCCUGUCCCUGGAGAAUCACUGCGGGCUGGAGCAGCAGGUGACCAUGGUUCGGCACAUGAAUGCAAUCUUGGGGGACAUGCUGCUGACCCAGAUGCUGGAUGGGCAGGUCCCCAAGGAGCUCCCGUCACCAGAGCAACUGAAAGGGAAGAUCCUGGUGAAAGGGAAGAAGCUGCCCGACCUGGUGUGUGACCCCGAAAACAUGAGCUUCCUCUCCGACAACAACGAGGAGGAGGAGGAAGAGGAGGAAGAGGAGCGGGUGCUGCGGAAAGACCGCAGGAGGGCAAAGGACACUGCGCAGAUCUCCCAGGAGCUCUCCGACCUAGUGGUGUACUGCCAGGCCGUCCCCUUCCAGAGCCUGGAGCAUGCACUCCGGAGCCCGCAGGCCUGCCAGAUGUCCUCCUUCAGCGAGAGGAAGGCCAGGAAGCUCAUCAAGGAGUCAGGGAACGGCCUGGUCCGGUACAACACCCGGCAGCUGAGCCGCAUCUACCCCUUGGGCCUGAAGAUGAACUCUUCAAACUACAACCCCCAGGAGAUGUGGAAUGCUGGCUGCCAGCUAGUGGCUCUCAACUUCCAGACCCCCGGCUGCGAGAUGGAUCUGAACCACGGGCGGUUCCUGGUGAACGGGCACUGUGGCUACGUGCUCAAGCCCAGCUUCCUGCGGAGCUGCCAGGCCUCCUUUGACCCCGAGAGCGGGCGAGGACCCGGCCGCAGAGCCACCCUGCUGCUGGUCAAGGUGAUCACGGCCCAGCAGCUCCCCAAGCUGAACAACAAGAAGAGCUCCAUCGUGGACCCCUUCGUGCGUGUGGAGAUCCAUGGCGUCCGAGCCGACUGCAUCAGUAAACAGACCGAAUACAAGCUCAACAAUGGGUUCAAUCCACGCUGGGAGGAGACCCUGAGCUUCCAGCUGUGGGUGCCGGAGCUGGCCCUGGUGCGCUUCGUGGUGGAAGAUUAUGACACCACCUCCUGCAAUGACUUCGUGGGGCAGUUCACCCUGCCCUUCACCAGCCUGAGGGAAGGGUAUCGUCACAUCCACCUGCUCUCCCGGGACGGGGCGUCCCUGGCACCGGCCACUCUCUUUGUACACAUUAAAUCCAAGAAGAUGUGAGAGCAUGAGGAUGAGCGGCGGUGAGAUCAGCACCCAGGCGGCUGCGGCGGGACCCAGGAGGAGCCG